CCUGCCCCACCGCAGCUAGCUCGCUCGCUUGCCACUAUAUAUCCGCGUCCGCCGAGGCCGUGCACCGCCGCUUGCCCUCAACCAAGGCCCGUCACUCCUGCCACGUCUAGCAGCUAGCUAGCUAGCUAGCACGCACCCCGGGUGGGCGACGACAUGGUGUUCGAGGAGGAGAAGGCGCCGGCGGGGGCGGUGCACGGGCACCGCCUGUCGACGGUGGUGCCGGGCUCGGUGACGGGGGAGGUGGACUAUGAGCUGGCGGACGCUGACCUCGCCUUCAAGCUGCACUACCUGCGCGGGGUGUACUACUACGCGGCCGGGGGCGCGGCCCGCGCGGUCACCACCAAGGUGCUCAAGGACCCCAUGUUCCCCUGGCUCGACGCCUACUUCCCCGUCGCCGGCCGCGUCCGCCGCGCCGAGGAGGCCGACGGCCCCGGGCGCCGCCGCCCGUACAUCAAGUGCAACGACUGCGGCGUGCGCAUCGUGGAGGCCAAGUGCGACCGCGCGAUGGACGAGUGGCUCCAGGACGACGCGCCCGACCGGCUCAGGCAGCUCUGCUACGACAAGGUGCUCGGCCCGGAGCUCGUCUUCUCACCGCUACUCUACGUCCAGGUCACAAACUUCAAAUGCGGCGGGCUGGCUCUAGGGUUCAGCUGGGCGCACCUCAUCGGCGACGUGGCGUCGGCCGCCACCUGCUUCAACACGUGGGCGCAGAUCCUGAGCGACAAGAAGCCGGACGCCACCGUCCUGACCCCGGCGAACAAGACGCAGGGGCACUCCCCCGUCGGCGCCGGCGCGCCGCGCUCCGUCAAGCAGGUCGGGCCCAUCGAGGACCACUGGCUGGUCCCCGCUGGCCGCCAGAUGGCGUGCUACUCCUUCCACGUCACUGAACCGAUGCUGAAGAAGCUCCAGCAGCAGGAGCGCCAUGUGGCUGGCACCUUCGAGCUCGUCUCCGCGCUGCUAUGGCAGACGGUGGCGAGGAUCAGGGCCACCAAGGAAGUGAAGACCGUGACCGUGGUCAAGACCGACACGGCCGCCCGGAGCGGCAAGUCCCUGGCCAACGAGCAGAAGGUCGGGUACGUGGAGGCGGAGGGCUCGUCGCCGGCGAAGAUCGACGUCGUCGAUCUGGCGGCGCUGCUGGCCAAGAACGUGGUCGACGAGACCGCCGCGGUGGCGGCGUUCCCGGGGGACGUCCUCGUUUACGGCGGCGCCAACCUGACGCUCGUGGACAUGGAGCAGGUGGACGUGUACGGGCUGGAGAUCAAGGGGCAGCGGCCGGCCCACGUGGAGUACGGCAUGGACGGCGUCGGCGAGGAGGGCGCGGUGCUGGUGCAGCCAGACGCCGACGGGCGCGGCCGGCUCGUCACCGCGGUGCUGCCCAUGGACGAGGUCAAGAGCCUCCGCGCCGCGCUCGGGAGCGCGCUGCAGGUCGCGUGAGCGCGCCGCCGUGUCGCUCGUCUGAAAGUUUAGUAUGGGUGAUUCCAGAUACUGCAACGUAGUGAGUGCAGUUGGAUAAUUUGGCGCCUGUUUUUUUUUUUUAUUGGGGUUGUGAUCUUCGAUGACGCUCCUGUACUGUGAUCCGUCUGCGAAGUGUGUAUUGGACGAUGUUUUCGUAAUAAGUUGCUCGAAUAACUUGUCCAGAAUCUGACAAAAAUAAUAGUUUCAGAUAUAUGAUCUCUGGGUAUUCCA